CAACACACCCCUCUCCCUUUCAACGUCCCUCUAUUAUUGCUAGCCUACACCUAUAGCAUUUACUAAACUUCCACUUUAAUUCUCCCAUAAAUUUUGGUUUCUUGAAAAAAAAAAAAAAAAAAAACUUUCUCCCAUAAACAAAGCACUCAAAGCAAACAACAGGAGAGAGAGAGAGAGAGAGAGAGAGAGAGUGAUGGAGGUUGGCCGGAAAAUGGAAAACGAUCAUGAUAAAGCUAACAUGAAGUUCGAGGAGACGGAGCUGCGGCUAGGGUUGCCGGGUGGCGGGGGAGGAGGAGGAGGAGUGGAAGGAGAUAUUCAUGGGGUGAAGAAUAGUAAUAAUACUAAUAACAACAACGGGAAGAGAGGUUUUGAGGAAAUUGUGGAUUUGAAGCUCAACCUUUCGUCUAAGGUACCGAUUGAGAAGGUGAAGAUCAAUCCCUCCAACGAUCCGCCAAAGCCUCCGGCCAAGGCACAAGUAGUGGGUUGGCCGCCGGUCCGAUCCUUCCGUAAGAACAUACUGACCGUCCAAAAGAGCGGCGGCGACGAGGAGAAAGAGAAAUUAACUAGCGGAGUAGCAGCUUUUGUGAAGGUUAGCCUACAUGGUGCACCUUACUUGCGUAAAGUGGACUUGAAAACGUACAAGACUUACAAAGAGCUCUCUGAUGCAUUGGGCGACUUGUUUAGUUCCUUCACCGUUGGUAACUGCGGGAUGAAGGAUUUCAUGAAUGAAAGCAAACUGAUGGAUCUUUUGAGUGGUUCUGAUUUUGUUCCAACUUAUGAAGACAAGGAUGGUGAUUGGAUGCUCGUCGGCGAUGUCCCUUGGGAGAUGUUUGUUAAUUCUUGCAAGCGCCUACGCAUAAUGAAAGGAACGGAGGCCAAAGGACUCGAACCAAGGGCCAUGGGAAAAUGCAAGAACAGAGAUUGAAGCAGUAAUCAAGACCCCAGCAUGCAGCCUCCUGCUCCCUUGAUCUUUGUGAAACACAAAUCAA